GGGUAACCAUGGGUAACUCAGUAGGUUGUAAGGCCUGUACUUUAGAUAAAACACUAGCCAGCAUCGGGAGUGACUUGGAAUUAAACCUGGGAGGCGACCACCAUGGGGCUGCUGAUUCUGGAUAUGAAGCUUAUGAUGGAUUGUCGGACAGCAACACCAGCUUUCUACGUGCUGCCAGGGCAGGGAACCUCGACAAAGUCCUGGAGUUUCUGAAAGGGGGAGUGGACAUCAGCACCUGUAAUCAGAACGGUCUGAACGCGCUCCACCUGGCCGCCAAGGAGGGCCAUGAGGACCUGGUGGAGGAACUGUUGGAGAGAGGUGCGCAUGUCGACUCAGCUACCAAGAAAGGAAACACUGCCCUCCACAUCGCGUCAUUGGCUGGACAGAAGGAAGUUGCCAGAAUCUUAGUGAAGAGAGGCGGGGACGUCAACGCCCAAUCACAGAAUGGCUUCACUCCGCUGUACAUGGCGGCCCAGGAGAACCACCUGGAGGUGGUGCGCUACCUGCUGGAGAAUGAGGGUAACCAGAGCAUCGCCACAGAGGUAGGCGUGUGUGACGGCUUCACCCCGCUGGCCAUCGCCCUCCAGCAGGGCCACAACUCUGUGGUCUCCCUGCUGCUGGAGCACGACACCAAGGGCAAGGUGCGGCUGCCCGCCCUGCACAUCGCCGCCCGCAAGGACGACACCAAGUCAGCGGCCCUGCUGCUGCAGAACGACCACAACGCAGACGUCCAGUCCAAGAUGAUGGUCAAUAGAACCACUGAGAGCGGCUUCACCCCGCUGCACAUCGCUGCCCACUAUGGAAACGUCAACGUCUCCACCCUGCUGCUGAACAGAGGAGCUGCGGUGGACUUCACAGCCAGGAACGGCAUCACUCCUCUUCACGUGGCCUCCAAGCGGGGGAACACCAACAUGGUGGCGCUGUUGCUGGACAGAGGAGCUCAGAUAGACGCUAAGACAAGGGAUGGUCUCACCCCACUACACUGUGCAGCGAGGAGUGGACAUGACCCUGCCGUGGAGAUUCUGCUGGAGAAGGGAGCGCCCAUGUUAGCCCGGACAAAGAACGGCCUGUCCCCACUGCACAUGUCUGCCCAAGGAGACCAUGUGGAGUGUGUUAAGCAUCUACUGCAGUACAAGGCACCUGUUGAUGAUGUCACACUGGACUACCUGACCGCGCUGCAUGUCGCCGCCCACUGCGGCCACUACAGAGUCACCAAGCUACUGCUGGACAAGAGGGCCAACCCCAACACCAGAGCUCUGAAUGGCUUCACUCCACUGCACAUCGCCUGCAAGAAGAACCGGGUGAAGGUCAUGGAGCUGCUGGUGAAGUACGGAGCCUCCAUCCAGGCCAUCACUGAGUCCGGUCUGACUCCCAUCCACGUGGCAGCCUUCAUGGGUCACCUCAACAUCGUGCUGCUGCUGCUGCAGAACGGGGCCUCGCCCGAUGUCCGCAACAUUCGUGGGGAGAGUGCCCUCCACAUGGCAGCUCGGGCAGGGCAGAUGGAGGUGGUUCGCUGCCUGCUGAGGAACGGGGCUCUUGUAGACGCCGUGGCUCGCGAGGACCAGACACCGCUGCACAUUGCGUCUCGCCUGGGGAAAACAGACAUCGUCCAGCUGCUUCUGCAGCACAUGGCCCAUCCGGACGCCUCCACCACCAACGGCUACACCCCCCUCCACAUCUCCGCUCGGGAGGGGCAGGUGGAGACGGCGGCUGUGCUGCUGGAGGCUGGAGCCUCACACUCACUGGCCACCAAGAAAGGAUUCACUCCUCUCCACGUGGCAGCUAAAUAUGGAAGCCUUGAUGUGGCAAAACUCCUGCUUCAACGGAGAGCUCUGCCUGACGAUGCAGGGAAGAACGGCCUGACCCCUCUGCAUGUAGCAGCUCACUAUGACAACCAGCCGGUGGCGCUGCUGCUGCUGGAUAAAGGGGCGUCCCCUCACGCCACAGCCAAGAACGGCUACACCCCGCUGCACAUCGCAGCCAAGAAGAAACAGACGGCCAUAGCGCUGGCCCUGCUGCAGUACGGGGCCGAGACCAAGGUCUUGACCAAGCAGGGGGUCAGUCCUCUGCACCUGGCCGCCCAGGAGGGUCACGCAGACAUGGUGGGCCUGCUGCUCGGGAAGGGAGCGCACGUCAACGCACCCACUAAGAGUGGACUCACUCCUCUCCACCUCUCAGCCCAGGAGGACAGAGUGAGCGCAGCAGAAGUGCUCGCUAAGCACGAGGCCCACCUGGAUCAACAAACUAAGCUUGGAUAUACCCCUCUGAUAGUGGCCUGUCACUAUGGAAACACCAAGAUGGUCAACUUCCUUUUACAGCAAGGGGCAAGCGUCAAUAGCAAAACUAAGAACGGUUACACACCACUCCACCAGGCAGCUCAACAAGGGAACACACACAUCAUCAAUGUGUUACUACAGAAUGGGGCCAAACCCAACACCACCACUCUGAAUGGAAACACGGCUCUGUCCAUCGCUCAACGGCUGGGGUACAUCUCCGUCGUGGAUACCCUCAAGGUCAUCACCGAGGAGGUCAUCACCACGACAACCACGGUGACAGAGAAACACAAGCUUAAUGUUCCGGAGACCAUGACAGAGAUUCUAGAUGUGUCUGAUGAAGAAGGUGAGGACACGAUGACGGGUGAUGGCAGUGAGUACCUGAGAGCCGAGGACCUCAGGGAGCUGGGGGAUGACUCUCUGCCAGGACACUACUUAGACGGCUUCAGCUACAUGAGCCACAACCUGGACAGGCCCAACCAGAACCCAAACCAACAUUACCAAAGAGAGGGGCUUCUCAUAGAGGAUAUGCUCUCAAGCCACCAGGUGGCAUCUUUGUCAAGAGAGAAUGAUAAGGACUCUUUCCGCCUGAGCUGGGGAACCGAGCACCUUGAUAACGUGGUGCUAUCAUCCAGCCUGCUGCAUUCUGGCCGCUCUUCCCCGUGCCUAGACCAUGACAACAGCAGCUUCCUGGUCAGUUUCAUGGUGGACGCAAGGGGAGGGGCCAUGCGCGGUUGCCGUCACAACGGCCUGCGCAUCAUAGUGCCUCCCAGAAAGUGUUCUGCGCCGACGCGGGUGACCUGCAGGCUGGUGAAGAGACACCGUCUGGCCUCCAUGCCCCCCAUGGUGGAGGGGGAGGGGUUGGCCGGGCGCAUCAUAGAAGUGGGCCCGACCGGGGCCCAGUUCCUGGGUAAGCUCCACCUCCCCACGGCUCCGCCCCCUCUUAACGAGGGCGAGAGCCUGGUCAGUCGCAUCCUGCAGCUGGGUCCUCCAGGGACCAAGUUUCUCGGGUAUGGCUGCCUGCUUGAGGCCCGCAGAACCCCAUGGCAUUCUGGUUACCCCUUCCCUUUAAUUGUUUUAUUUUGUCCCCUACAAGGAGUUGUUCCUUGUUUCCCAGAUUGUGUUCCUUUAUUUUGAUCCACAUGUUUUGCUUUAUCGAUAUAACUUAUACAACAAUGUAUAACAAUAGAAGUCAUUUUCUUUGUACUGAUAACAACUUCUCAAAGUACUCCAUGUUAGUUUUGAAUUCCCAGGUAAUUAAAGGUUGCCGUUUUCUAGCUAUGAGCAUAUAACAGAGAAAGGCCACAAUAUUUUUUCACAAUAAAAUCCGCGAAAUAGUAAAUUUACAACAAACAUUGUGUCUUAAUUUCUCUUCAAAACAAUAGAUUACAGCAACAGAAAGAAUGUUGUUUUAUAGGACAGAGAUCAAGGGACGUUUUGUUUGUAUUCCAUUCCUUUGACUUUAGCUGAAUGUCUUCUGUGUUAUUUUUCUUGAUGCUGGACAUAGAGGAGGCCUUAUUUCGAUAUAAUAACCUCAUACCUCAAGGGUUUACUUUGUAUUUGCCUCUAGUAGUGGCCAUGUAUGACUUCAAAUUGUUCACAUUUAUUUUAUUUUUUAUUUAUUUUUUUGCAUCGUUAUAAGCACGGCACAAAGAUAAUGGACUCGGCUCUGUGUAAAUUACCAUACCAUACUGAUUCAAAGAAUUGAGAGCUUGUUUAUGAUGCAGGGUCUUAUAUAAAAACAGACCGCCGCACAGAAUGCUUUCAUUAAAAUAUUCACCCGACCAAAAAUAACCAUGGCUUCGUAGUAGGCUUGAUAAAUUGUGAACAAAGUAAAGUAAUUAAUGCAAAUAUUGCCUUAUUCACUAUGCUACGUUUUUCACCCUGCCUAAUUUCUAUUUUAAAUAAAUGAAUAAAUAGUGUAUGGCCACUUUGUACAUGGAGCAGAGUUCAAUCCCUAGUGAGUUUCAUCGUCUUUUACUCCAGUUAUUGUUUGCUCUUCCCCCGCACUUCGGAUAAAUUCCUUCACCUCAACCACUUCCAUACUACUCUUCCCCUCUUCAAAC